AUGGUAGGGAGGGAAGGGCUGGAGUAUAAGAAGUUCAAUGGUGGUGAGCCGGGUCACCGAGACAUCGAGACACUGACCGAGGAGGAGCUAUUCGCGGCACUCGACUCCAGUGGUUACGUACGGCUCAGCUUCCGGACUAAACCGCUGACCGACUCGAGUAAUAAGCGGUCGAUCGCCGUCAGCACCGAUAGCGACGUACCGUUUGUCAAGAAUUGUGUCAAUAGUUAUAGUAAUAGUAAUAAUUUGAAUAAUAAUAACAAAAAGAAAAAUAUUUAUAAUAAUUAUUGCGAGACAUUAAAGUUGGACAGAAGGGGUGAAAAGGAGAACCCAUUUGCAGGUAUGUCAUGA